AGCGCGCGCCCCCAGGGGUCCGAAGAUGGCGGAGGGAAACGGCGCCCCCGCGGGCCCCGAGAACCUCGCCGCCUCGCCUCCGCCUCUGCCGCCCCUGAGGGGGCUCCGAGAGAAGAUGGUUGCUGCAGCCCAGGUGUUAGCAGAAGAAAGAAGAAGCCAAAGUGGUGCUAGUCCUGUUCCAGUCCAGUCUCCAGUUGGUAUGAAAUCUUCUGCCAGGCCAGUGAUCGAUGGUUCCACUUUGAGAACAGAAGAGAGGCAAAGGCUGGCCAGGGAACGGAGAGAGGAGCGUGAGAAGCAGCAAGCGGCCAAAGAAACUCAGAUAUUGGAAAAGGAGAAGAAGGCCAAGCUCCAGUACGAGAAGCAAAUGGAGGAGAGGCAGAGACGGCUGAAGGAACAGAAGUUGAAGGAGCAACAAAGGAGAGUAGCAGUAGAGGAAAAGCGGAAACAAAAGCUGGAGGAAGACAAGGAGCACUAUGAAGCGGUGCUGCAUCGGACCCUGGAGCGGAGCCAGCGGCUGGAAACUCGACAGAAGAGAUGGUCCUGGGGCGGCUCUGUGACCGAUUUGGACGGCAAGCCGGAGUCGCCAAUUCCAGAUGAAGGCAGCAAGCGCUCUACCUCCUCAGCAAACCUCAAGCAAGCGGAAACUGUCAUCAAUAAGCGCCUUUCAUCCUCAGCAGCACGUCUGAAUUCUCCCAGCAAGGGCUCAAAUAAAAGAAGUUCUUCAUUAAACAGACUGAAUAACAAAGUUCCUCCGAAUUCUGAGCAGCCAGAAUCCAAAGGUUUGCAAGCGGAGCAGACAGCUCGCCGUUCCCAGGUCAGUCCUCUGGAGAGCAACGUGCUCAGCCGGCUGCUCACUCCCACCCAGGCCUCCCUAGCUAGGAGUAAAAGCGCCGCCACUUUAUCAGCUGAUGGCCAAGAUCCCUCAGCUCCCUGCAGCGCCGUCAGUUCCCCGGCCCACGUGCCCAAAGUGCCCAUGCGCAGCCGCAGCACAGACCGACUGAAGGCUGCUGCCUCUCCGCCGGGAAACGACUCCUCAGAAAUGGUGCAGAAAUUGGAGCUCGCAAAGCAGCCGUCAUCUACUGGGAGACGCGCCCCGUCGCCAUCUUUGCCCGGUCCCAGGCGGUCUCCCUCUCCUGCCAACGUGGUUAAACGUGCUCCGUCUCCAGCCGCAAUCAGACAAAAGUCGCAUCCAAGUUCACCCAAAAGACAGUGGCCAUCAUCUCCUGUUUUGGUCUCCAAGCCAGCGCCAAUUCAGCGCCCGUCCAUCACCCCAAACGUCCUUAACGUUGCCAAAAAGCAAAGUGACCCAGCGUGCCGACCAAAGGAGAGGUUGGAGCACCCAGAGGGUCAGGAUCCUGGCCCAGCGGCCGUGCCACACCCCUCCUCAGAGAGAGAACUGGCUGCAGCUGCUCCAAAGACCAAAGAAGAUGCAAGUAGCAAAAUUGCUCUGGUGACCACAACAGCUGAAGAGGCGGCGAGGAUCUUGGCCGAGAAGCGCCGUCUUGCGAGGGAGCAGAGGGAGCGUGAAGACCAGGAGAGAGCUCAAAGAGAAGAGGAAGAAAGGAUCAGAAAGGAAGAAGUCGCCAAGCGAGCCCUCGAGAAACAGGCCCAGCUGGAAGAGUCCCUCCAGGAACUGGAAGACGAAAAGAGGGCAGGGGAAGAGGAGCCGCAAAGGCGGGCCGAGCAGGAGGAGCAGGAGAAGAUGGCCGAGCUCCAGCUUCAGCGAGAAGAGGCCGAGGCAAAAGCUCUGCAGGAAGCCGAGAAGCAGCGUCAGGAACGGGAGCGGAUUGUUCAGCGGAACAAGCAAGAGCGGCUAGAGAGGAAAAAGAGAAUAGAAGAAAUAAUGAGAAGGACCCGGAAGGCAGAGCAGAACGACGCCAAGAAUGAUGACAAGUCCAAUGAGGAGGACGAAGGUGUCGAAGAUGAUGAGGAGCUGGGCCUCGAAAAGCAAGACCAGCCUGAAAAGGCAAAAUAUGACUCCUCCCUCAAACAUAGUCUGGAGGCUGUGUGCGAUUUGACCACAUUGGAAGACAGAUCAAAAAUGGAACCGGACAGUAUCUUUGUAAAUGGGGAUGGGCAGCAGGAGGUUGACCGGAGAAACGAUGGUGGUGGGAAUUUGAUGUAUUUCACUCAGGAGAAAGAAUCAAGUCCUCCAACAAAGGAAAUGGUUGUUGAGAACUCUGAAAUCUCAUGUGUUAACGAAGCGGAUUGCUCAACUGGAUUUCUACCUAACCUGAAUGGGAAAUCUACCACGUGGAAUUUUGAAGAAAUCAUUGACCUCGGCAUCCAUCCCAAGACAAGCAUUACUGCAGAUAAAGCCACCCAGAGCUUGAAAGAUGCCGCUGUUGUACCUGCGAGUCCCAGGCUGGCUUUUGAAGAAGAAAUUCCCGUGAAUUCCUUGACCAAACCGAUAGAGACCGCAUCAGAACUGUGAACACUAGGACCCUGGAAAGACUCCUGACUCUGCGCUGCAGGAAUUUGGGGUUCCCUCAAGUCAUAUGAAGGCCUUGUUUUGGAAAAGCUGCUUGUCGAACCCCCAAGUUUGGCGCUGGAAAAGAAAUAAAGUCUACCGCGCCUAACUUUGCACCUUGGAAACCUUUCAGGUAGACUCUGUUGCUUUUAUGAGUUUUUGUUAGCGGGACUGUUUGAACGCAGGUUUCUCGAAGGGACAGGAAGGAAAUGUUUUCCCUUCCGUGAAUUGUUCAUUAUUCUGUUAGUAGCUUGUAUUGGAGAUUUACUAAAUAUUGUUGCACAGAGCGCAACCAGCCUAAUAAAACGAAACCUAACCUUUAUU